AUGUCCACUAAGAGUAUUGCCGUCCUUGGAUGCGGAGGUAUGGGAUUGGCCAUAGCUCGACGCCUUGGGGUUGGACGACGACUGUUUAUUGCCGACUGCUCCAACGAAAUUCUCUCUGCAGCUCAGGAAACUUUAGCCAACGAUGGCUACAUGGUCGAGCCAUUGCAGGUGGACGUGUCCGACUAUGCAUCCGUCAGUCGCUUUGCACAGGCUGCUGCAUCGCAUGGACCCAUCGAAGCAAUAAUCCAUACAGCCGGCUUGUCCCCGUCGGCAGGAUGUGCGCAAAAGAUCCUCGAAGUCGAUCUUCUCGGCACGGCCAAUGCCCUCGAUGCUUUCUUGGAAGUGGCGCAGUCUGGAACGAGCAUGGUCUGCAUCGCGAGUAUGGCUGGUCAUAUGGGACCUGGCUUGCCGUCCGAGCUGGAGCGUCAUCUUGCGUUGGCGCCUAGGACGCAAUUGCUAGAACAUGCCGCUUUGAAGAUUGAUGAGGCUGAUCCUCAUGGCUCUGGUCGGGCGUAUGUUCUCUCAAAACGUGGAAAUGUACUGCGCGUCCAGGCUUCGGCUCAAGCCUGGGGGCGUGUUGGAGGGAGAGUCAAUUCUGUUAGUCCUGGGGUUAUUUCUACAAGUGCUGGGCGCCAGGAGAUCGAUGGCCCAGCUGGGAAAUAUAUUGCCCUGAGUCCUGUUGGUCGCGUUGGAACGCCGCAGGAUAUUGUGAAUGCUGUUGCAUUCUUGGCCAGUCCAGAAUCGUCUUUUAUCACAGGCAAUGAUAUCCUUGUGGAUGGUGGGGUUGUCUCCUCAUUAAAGUGGGAUAUCUAG